CUACACUUUAAUGCAACAGCACAUAAUGAAAGCAAAUCAAAUUGAUACCAUAUAGGCAUUGAAUACAUUAACCAUUAUAUAACUUAAAUUAUCAUGCAGCCAUACUUCCUGUGACCCAGUAACCUUUGUCUGAUAAUUCAAAGUGUUGUUAUGUUAAGUAACUGCCUGAUAACACCUCUGUUGUUAGCACAAUACCUUUGGUGGUGUUGUCAGAUCACUAGGAAAUGAAUAUUGUGCCUGACAGUGUGUUAUCAGGUUAGUAAAAAUGAAUUCUGCACAUGACAGUGGGUUGGUUGCUUAUUUUUCCAGCAUCAAUUUCCAGCAAUAUAUUGUGUUGAACUGCAUAUAUUAAAUAAAUAUUUCUUUUACACUUUCCUUUUAUGUUUCAAUUCUCUCUUUUCUGCCCCCAUUCAGAACCAGGCAGCAUUUUGAAUUAAACAUUUAAAUAAAUUAUUAAAAAAACAUGUAGCUUUCUGCAAAGAAUGUUUGCAUUACAACAGCUUCUGACAUCACAUUGCUAUUGGCAAGAUGUGAUGCAGAAAACAGCAAUGUAGAAACCACUCAACAACCAGUGACAUAGAUCUUUUUCAAGACUGAUCUAGACUUGUAGUUAUUUUCACAGAAACAGGUAAAACAUAUACUGUAGCUUGAAAGGAUGGGGGGAAAAAAAUCAGGUUACUACGUUUUGAUAUUAAUUAUGUUUAUUUGGCUUUGCUUGAUAACACUGUAGCUGGCCUGUUUACAGUUUUUUAAACCUCACCAAAUAAACAUCAAAAUGUAACCUGAUACUCUGUUUAUACAUUGUAACAACUAGAAAAAUCCAUGCAUGCCUACCAUGAUUGUACUCUAACCAUGUAGUAUGUAUUUCCCAGCUUUUUUAUGUUGUCUUUGUGUGUGAAAUUUACAAUAAAAUGGUUAGCAAAGACAUCAUUGUUUCAUAUUAAUUAGUGCCAUUUGGCAACAUUCAUGAAUAGUGCUACCAUAUAUUUUUUCUACAGUAUAUUUUGUCUAAAUUGGUGUUAACAGAGUACUGUAAAUUGUGAUACAGAACACUUACAUAUAUUUAUAAUGUGAAUUUCAAAAGUUCUGUUAUAAAUCUUUACAUUGUGCUUUUACAGUGAAAAAUAAGGAAAACUAGAUGGAAUGUGACAGACUAUUGCAUUAAAAAUAUGUUAAAACGUGGAUUUGUUUUUGGAAUUAAGUUUCUUUUUUCACGUAACAAACGCAUUCAUGCUACUGGAAUAUGGAGACACCUGGGAGAUGAUCCUAAGUUUGUGUCUGCCAAGCAGAAGGACAUCUUCACAGACUGUCUGGACGACCGACGCCACUCGAGUGACUUGAAAUGGAGUUUCCGUCCUAUAGAUACAGCAACGUCGUUUAAGCAGGUGACACCACGAACACCGGAGGAGAUCAAACAACAUGUGAUGAACAGCGACCGGGUCAAGUAUACAGUGGAACAGGUUUCCUUAGAAAUGCAUCUCCCAAUUGAUGAGGUAGUGGAACAAGCCAGUUCUAUUGUGGAUGAAAUGGCUCACAAUUUACGAAUGGGGGCGAUUCGAGGCUUUUCUUUCUUUCUCAUCAAGAUAUUUAAGCAGUUGUACAGGAGAAUUUAUGUGAAUGAAGAAGGCAUUGAAAAGAUUCGCUCCACCAUGAAGGAGUACCCAAUUCUGUUGAUGCCCACUCACAGAAGUUACAUGGACUUCCUUCUGAUGUCCUACAUCUUCUACUCCUAUGAUUUGCCAAUGCCAGUUAUUGCAGCUGCCAUGGAUUUUAUGGGCAUGAAGUUCUUUGGCUGGCUCCUAAGAAACAGUGGCGCCUUCUACAUCCGGCGUAGUUUUGGUGAUGACCAGCUUUACUGGGCAGUGUUUACUGAGUAUGUCCAAACUCAGAUUUGCAAUGGAGAUCACCCUAUUGAGUUCUUUGUGGAAGGGACUAGAAGUCGUACAUCAAAAUCAUAUCCUCCCAGGUUUGGAAUGUUAUAUGCCUCCCUAGAGCCCUACUUCAAGUCUCACAUCAAUGAUAUCAUGAUUGUUCCAGCCAGUAUCAGCUACGAUCGCAUUCUUGAGGAAACGCUGUAUGCCUAUGAACUUCUUGGAGUCCCAAAACCUAAGGAAUCAGCAUCAGGUUUGUUAAAGGCUAGAAGUAUUCUCCAGGAAGAUUUUGGAAAUAUUCACAUUCAUUUUGGAGAGCCUCUGUCAUUGAGGCAGUACAUGGAUGGCAAGGUGGAUCGUAGUGCCCACAACCUAGCACCCAGGUUAGCCUGCACUAAAUACAUUGCAAGUUUAACAUCAGAAGAACAAUUGCAUUUGCAAGUCCUUGGUCAUCAGAUUAUUUUGCAGCAUCUAAAGAACAUGAUUAUCUGCCCCUGGUCAUUGGUGGCAGCAGUACUGAUGCAGUGCAAUGGUGGCGUGUCUGUGAGACAUAUUGUUAAAGAGGUGGAAUGGCUCAAGAGACAGGCGUCAAAUCUAGGAGCUCGUAUUGACUGGCCAGGUAAUGAGAAUGCUGAUGCUGUGAUCCGAGCCAGUCUGUUGCUGCACAAGAACAUCGUCACGGUGACCAGCGAUGAUGUGGUGGAGCUGCUCCAGAUGACCCUGCCUGCUACCUCCGCGAAACAGGACCAGCUGAUGACGUCAGCCGCGCAGACGUUGCUGUUAUCUCUGUACAGAAACCAGCUGUUGCACGUGUUUGUCAGGGUGGCCAUGAUCUCUCUCUCCAUCAACUCGUGUCCAUUCGACUCAAUACAGCUAGAUGACUUGUUUGAAAAAUACUCAUUCCUUGAAAAACUGCUCUGUAAAGAUUUCAUCUUUUUGCCUGGAAAUACGAAAAAGGAUUUUGACAAUUCCCUGGCCAUGUUAACCCAUGGAUGUGGUGUGAUAGUGGAGAAUAAUCAAGUACUCAUCAAGAAAUCUGUCAACAAGUACACCACAUUCUUCAGCCAGAUGUUUGAACCUUUUCUACUGGGAUACUGGAUUGUUUGUCGCUACCUGUUGUCGAUGAGUCCCGGUGUGAAUGGCAAGCCAUUGGCGCGGCCACCGAAGGUGAUGGCAAAGGAAGCUCAGCUGCUUAGUGCCCAGUUGCUAAGAGAUGGAAUAAUAAAGUAUCACGAAGUUCUCUCCCUUGACAUGAUGAACAACGCCCUUCUUGCUCUUUACAAUAUGGGAGCUGUCAAGAAGGAAAAAAGACAAGGGAUUACCUACAAAUUCCCCAACAUGAUUCCACUCUCCAAGAUUACGGAUGACUUGGCAAAGUUUAUUGAAGUUCCUCCAUUGCCAUCUGUUAGUAUCAACGUUGACACCAAGACUGUGACAAUAAACGCCAAGCUUUGAAUGGUAUUAAAUAUCAAGCUCUGAAUUGUGUUGAUAUCAGAUACCAUGACUGUUACAAUAAAUUCCAUUUCAUCUUUGAAUUCAUCUGCACUAAGACUGUUGACUUAAACACUAUAUUGUGUUGAUAUUAGAUGCCAGUUCUGAAUUAUGAUGCCAAGCUCUGAACUGUGAUGACUAUAGACACUUAAGAGCUUGUAAUAAUAUAGUUAUGCCAAACUAUUGUUCACUAGUCCCUUUAAAGGCAAGCAGUUUACAUUUAGUAUUGUUCAUUGUAGCAAACACCGGUUACAAUAUUUAAAUAAUUUAUCAACAACUGUUGUACUUUGUGGACAUUUUUAAAACAUACAUGAAGCUGAAUGUUUCUAGAAAACUUCUGCACUGCAAUUUGUAUCACUAGUCUUGAGAAGCAUCCAGAAGACAUUUUCAAUCAUCAUUUAUUAUAAUAUUGUUUUAAAUCAGUGUUUGAACAAAUAAAUGUUUAUCACUUGCAUAAGAUGGCAUUAUAGAUAGUUAUAUUUAUAUUUCACUUGGAUGCACUCAGGUUUAUGAAAUCUUCAUCUUACUUAAAAUGUGUAUACUAAUAACUACAGUUAUGUUAAAACAAAUUAUGCAAGGUAUAUUAUAUUAAAAAUGUAUACAGUUUUCCUGAUAAUAGAGGAUAAUUUGAAAGUUUCAAAAGUACAAAGAGCCACUACAAUAAAAGAUAUGUGAGCCCAUUCUUAUCAAACCUUUAAAUUUAAGUCUGUACUAAAGACUUCACUGGUAUCAGUGUCUACACUUUAAUUAUAUGUUAUUUGUAUGUGUGAGACUUGGUUAGAGCCGUGGACGUUCAAGUUUAUUUACACAGGGUCUGUCAUAACAAUCACCUGUCUGUAAAGUGUUAUACUGAUAGAAAGAAAUAAGGGAUCUGACAUUACUGACAUUCAAUCCCACAUUACUGACAUUAAAUCCCACAUUACAUCUUUGAAUGUUAUACAAAUAUUACUUUAAUAUUACUACACUAGUAAUUAAAUUUGACCUGUAAUACCUAGUGUUUCCUUAUUUCUUUCCAUCAGUAUAGUUUAACCUGUUAAUGAAGACCACCUGCCUUUGGAAGUCAAACAUUGAAGAUCUUCAGGAUGGUCUUUAUAGAACGUUUCACUCAUUAAACCAACUUCAUAAGUUGUUGAUAUCACUUAUUCAUUGCGAUAAAUGUUUCCAUUUUAUAACAUCCUGUGGCAUUUGAUGCAAUGUUUAUUUUUAAAAAUAUUUUAGAAGCUGUUUGAUAAGGUGUGUGGUUAUAUAAGAAUUGUUGGUCAUUUUGUAUUAUAUGUAUAACAGUUACAAAUUGUAUAAAAUUGUGUAUCCUUGCAAAGUGAUUUUAUACUAAAUUUGUUACUGUUAUAUAUACAUAAUUAAAUUCAUAAAAAAUCACAGACAAUUCUUAUAAUUACAAACAACAAAACUAAAUUUAGUUACAAACACAUUGUCACAUUAAUCUGGGGCAAUGAAUUUUUUUUUUAUUCCUAAUAUAUAUAUAUUUAAAAAAAACCCCAAAACCCCACAAAAGAACCUUAAUUUAGUUAAAAGUACAUAUAAAUUACAUUCAACGUCCUUUCAUUGAUACUGGCCUCGGUGGCUUCGUGGUUACGCCAUCGGUCAACAUGCUGGUAGGUACUUGGUUUGGAUCCCAGUCAAGGCAUGUGAUUUUUAAUUAAAAUACCGACUCCAAACCCUGAGUGAGUGCU